CCCAGACGUGCCGCCCCACAAUCCUCUCCGCGCGCCUCUCAAUCUUCCCCGCGCGCUUUUCUGCCGCUGCCGCAGCCCGUUACCGGUAGCGCCUCAGCCGCCUGUCGGAGCUCGCGCGGUCGGUCAGCUGUCACCGCCGGCGACAUGUUGCAGAAGCCGAGAGGCCGGGGCCGCCCCAGCGGCCAGAGCGAGAGGGAGAAAGACUGGGGCCGCGGCGGAGACUGCCGGGCCGCGAGAGGCGGCGUCGCCGAGGAGGCCCCGAGCACCUCCCGCGGGGUGGGCGGCUCGUCUCAGGGCGCCCGCCGGGCCGAGGCCUCCCCAGCCGUGGGGCCCAGGUCCCAGCAGCAGCUGGAGCUGAAGGUGGCCGAGCUGGUGCAGUUCCUGCUGAUUAAAGACCAGAAAAAGAUCCCGAUCAAGCGGAGCGACAUUCUGAAACACGUCAUCGGGGACUACAGGGACAUCUUCCCCAACCUCCUCAAGCUGGCGGCCGAGCGCCUGGAGUACGUGUUCGGGUACAAGCUGGUGGAGCUGGAACCCAAGAGCAACAGUUACAUUCUCAUCAACAGCCUGGAGCCCGUGGAGGAGGACGCGGAGCUGCGCGGCGACCAGGGCACGCCCACCACCGGCCUCCUCAUGAUCGUGCUGGGGCUCAUCUUCAUGAAGGGCAACACCAUCAAGGAGACCGAAGUCUGGGACUUCCUGCGUCGCCUCGGGGUGUUCCCCGCCAAGAAGCACUUAAUUUUCGGGGACCCGAAGAAACUCAUCACCGAGGACUUUGUGCGGCAGCGCUACCUGGAGUACCGGCCGAUUCCCCACACGGAUCCCGUCGAUUACGAAUUCCAGUGGGGCCCGCGGACCAACCUGGAAACCAGCAAGAUGAAGGUUCUGAAGUUCGUGGCCAAAGUCCACAAGCAAGACCCCAAGGACUGGCCCGCUCAGUACUGCGAGGCCUUGGCGGACGAGGAGGCCCGAGCCCGGCCGCAGACCGUGGGCGCAGCCCCGUCUGUUGGAACCGCGGAGGGGAGAAGGGGCAAAGGCACCGGCUGAAGAGGUGGGGUGGGAGGGAGCCCAUUUCUGUAAGGCUCCAAUGUGUGUGGCGUUAGGAUGUGUUUGCAAACGUGUUCCUUUAAUAGUGCAAGGUAUGUGGUUCCAAGUUUUCAUUUGCAAAAAAGGAGAGGAUUUAUUUUGUUUCGUUGUACUGACUGUAUAGUUGGGCAUAAGAAUUUGGCUAGUUUUUGUGAAACGAAUGGGAAGGCUUUGUGUUGUUAUCUGGAACGGAUAUUUAAGAAAGAACACACAUCAGUAAACUGCUUUGGUGCCAAGAAAGUAAAAGCGAAGCGGCUGUUGUCUGGCCUCUUGACCCCCGUUUGUAAGGAGAAAGAAAAGCCUUUGCAAGUUAAAAGUAAAAAUGUGACUGCCUAUAUCCUUUUUUGCCUUAACACAGCUAUUUUAUAUUUAUAUAUUUCCUACAUAUGUAAGCAUCGUUCCAAGCAAUGUACAUAUUUUUUACAUUCGUAACUACCAUUUAGUUCUGUUUGGUUUUGGUUUUGGUUUUUUUGCUACUAUAGUUUUAAUAAAUACUGUAUCUUUGAA